UGUACAGAAGAAACCUUUCAAUCCGAUUCUCGGAGAAACAUUUGAAGCUACCUUUCUUCAUGAAAAGGAUCCUACCAAGGAUAUUCAACUCUUUGUCGAACAAACAUCUCAUCACCCUCCUAUCUCUUCCUAUGAAGCCCAAGGUCAUAAUUUCAGAUUGCACGGAUAUUGUGGUUACCUUGCAAGUAUCCGAGGAAAUGCCUUGAAAGGCGGCCAAGUAGGUCCAACAUAUAUCGAUUUUGAAUCGGAUGGAGCAACCAUUCACUACUCACAACCAUUCUUGUGGCUAAAAGGUAUUUGUUGGGGAGAACGAGUUCUCGAAUAUUAUGACAAGAUGGCUUUCACAGAGAACAAGAAUAAUCUCGAAUGUGAAGUAGUCUUUAAUCCAGACCAAAAGAGUUUCAUUGGAUCCUUUUUCAGUAGUCAAAAGACCCCUGUUGAUUUCUUGAGAGGUGAAGUUAAAAAAGAUGGUAGCGUGAUCGGUGUGAUUGAAGGAAGUUGGUUGGGUGUUGUUCACUACUAUCCUGGACAAACAGCUGAUUCAUUGUCUUCAAUGAAAGACAAGGAAAAGGUCGAAGUAUCUCGCAAGGAAAUUUUCAAUAUUGCAAAGGAAGUUCCAAAAUAUGCUAAACCUUCGGAUGAUCCUCUUCCAUCAGAUGCUCGUUUCCGAGAAGAUGCUGUUGCUCUCCGAAGUGGAAACUUGGAAUUAGCUCAAACAAAGAAAGAAGAGCUUGAGAACAAACAAAGAAGAGAACGAGCUCUCAGAAAGACUGGAUCCAGUCGGAAUAGCCUUGCAAGCAAUCAAAGUGGUAGCGAAAAAGACUUGAUAGAGGCAACUCAAAAUUAG